AUGGAGAUCAGUAACGAGAAGAAGAAACUCUCGAGACAAUCUUCUUCCUUCAGGCUACGAAGUCCGAGUCUAAACGCUCUCCGUCUCCACCGUAUCUUCGACCUGUUCGACAAAAACAGUGACGGAUUCAUCACCGUCGAAGAGCUGAGCCAAGCACUCUCACGACUCGGUCUCGACGCCGACGUAUCCGAGCUCAAAUCAACCGUCGAGUCAUUCAUCAAACCGGACAUAACCGGACUCCGGUUCGACGAUUUCGCAGCGCUACACAAAACCCUAGACGAGUCUUUCUUCGGAGGAGACUGCGAGUGCGUCGACGGAUCUCCUGAAUCAGAUCUCGAAGAAGCUUUCAACGUGUUUGACGAAGACGGUGACGGAUUCAUCUCCGCCGUGGAGCUGCAAAAGGUUCUGAAGAAGCUUGGACUUCCUGAAGCAGGAGAGAUCGAACAGGUGGAGAAGAUGAUUGUCUCUGUUGAUAGCAAUCACGAUGGUCGCGUUGACUUUUUCGAGUUCAAGAACAUGAUGCAAACAGUUCUUGUCCCUUCCGCUUGA